AUGAGUUCUACUAUUCUAAUUACUGGGGGCUCUGGCUUCGCUGCAGCUCACGUUAUUCGGGCUUUCCUCAGCCAAGGUUAUAAUGUGAAGGCAACAGUUCGAUCGGAAGCUAGAGGAGAGGAAGUGCUCGCCAGCCACCCUGAACACAGCGCAAAGCUUUCUUAUGUGGUUAUCCCAGACAUUGCAGAUAAAGAUGCAUUUAAUGACGCUCUGAAGGGAGUAGAUGGCGUUAUUCAUGUCGCAUCUCCUAUGAUCUUGGGAGCAACCGACUUUGAGGCACAACUGUUUAGACCCGCUGUCGAUGGCACGGUUAACCUUUUAGAAGCCAUCCAAAAAAGCAACGCCAAUGUUAGCCGCGUGGUCAUAACAUCUUCAAUUGCCUCAAUCCUGGAUCCCCUGCAAGGCCAAAGACCAGGAUACGUCUACACAGAAAAGGAUUGGAAUCCUGUGUCAAAAGAGGCAGCUAUUGAGAGUGGGAAUGCUGUUCUCGCCUAUCUAGCUUCCAAGACCAUUGCAGAGAAGGCUGCGUUUGAUUACGUUGAGAAAAACAAGCCCAAAUUCACAGUAACUGCAUUGUGUCCUCCAUUCAUCUACGGUCCUCUUCUGCAUCAUGUAGAGAGCAUCAAGGAGCUAAACACUUCCUCCAACGAUAUCUACCGCCUCUUCAACGGAUCGGAAAAAGAAGUUCCGACUACCGCCUUCUUUUCCUAUGUCGACGUUCGUGAUCUUGCCAAGGCCCAUGUCCAAGCUUUCGAGAAGCCAGCAGCUUCAAAUCAGCGCUACCUGAUUGCUGCUUCGGCUUACACGUACCAACAGAUUGUUGACAUCAUUCGAGCCAAGUUCCCGGAGCUCAGUGAAACGACUCCAAAGGGAGUAACUGGAGCACCUAUUCCGCCUGCCUAUAUUAUAGACACUACCAAAGCCAACACAGAUCUCGGAGUCAAGUAUAGAUCUUUGGAAGAUACUAUUGUGGACGCAGUGAAAAGUCUUCGGAAGUUAGAGGAAGCUUGA